CCGUAGCAUUCAGAAGGCAAUUACAGUAGUCCAAACGUGAGAAAAUAUUGAAGCAGUUUGAGCUUAAAUGAUUAAACCACUUUAAUUAGAGAAUGACCGCCAUAAAAUUGAAGGCUAUUAUUCAUUAUUUAAAUGACAUGUUUAUCAAAACGAUUUCAAACUGUGAGUGAAAUUAGUAAUUACCAAACGCUAAAUGGUUUCCCAAAUUUUACUAAGAUCCUACAUUCUAAAUAUAAUAUAAAUAAAGAAAAGGAAAUCAUUAAUACGAGCCAGCCCUUUUUCUUUACAAGUUUACCGGUGACACGAUCAGACCAUUUCAAAUGAAUCAAUGUGAUUGGCUCAAAGUAACUUUUUUCUGUUAUAAGAAGCAUUCUGAUUGGCUGAUUGUUUAUUUCAGUUUGGGAAUAUGACGCGAUCUUUUGUAUCACGCUUUCACUGAUUAAAUAUUAAAGGAAUUUAAUUAUUUUAACCACAUUGACAUCUUGGACGGGUGAUAUCAACAAAAUGACGGAACAGAGAUUGGCAGCAUGAUUAUGAUCUGUUGCUAAUCGAAACGUCGACGUGCAAUCGUGACCCCCGUAGCUCGACUUAGGAAGGCGGAUGCCGCAGAAUGAUUUAUGAGGAUAUCUUAUUAAAUAUAUAGCAACAGGGACUUGGUGCAUCAUCCUACGAUUUAGUGGACGUUUUAUAUUUGUAUUAUACGUGUAAUUAUCUAGCUAUCUUAAUAAACACACUUACAGUAUCUUAUUAUUACUAUAUAUCAUGACGUUUUUCAUAGUCUCUACACUCAAUCAACGCGGUUGUUAAGUUAUUUUACAGGGCUAUCAUUAAACAAACAUCGUGUAUGGGUGCAUCGCUUUCGGCGAAAUCAUGAUCGUAAGUUAUCAAGCAUACAUAGAAAGAGCAACCAUGGACAAAUACGUAAUUUCAACGUCACCGACGAUAGACCAGAACAUAUCUGCGAAUGCAACUACGUACCCCGAAGGCGUGACGUUCACUACCGUUGACAAGAUUAUCAUUACAAUUUUUAUGCCAAUCGUUGUUACAAUUGGUAUAACAGGCAAUGUUGCCAUCAUCAUCGUGUUUUUGAGAAUAAAAUCAAUGAGAACAUCAAUGAAUAUCUAUCUGGCUAGCUUAGCCUUAGCGGAUGUCAUGUUUUUGUCCAAUGCUCCGGUUACAAUCUGGAAAGCGUUCGCUGCUGGAGAUCUCAUCGAAGACAGUUCAUUCAGCUUAUUUUAUUGCAAGCUCAAUACAUAUCUCGUUGACUCUAGCUAUCACGUGAGCUCUUUGACUAUCUUGGCGUUGACGCUGGAGAGAUAUUUUGUUGUCUGUUGGCCAUUGAGAUUCAAAACCACAAAUGUUCGACCAAUAGCCAUCGGUGCAACGCUUUGUUGUUGGGGCGUUUCUUUGGUUUGGAAUUCCCGUAAGUUGGUCUUUUUAGGUUUCAAGGACGAAAAUGUUAUGCACGAAGGAGAGGUUGUAGAUAUUAAGACCUGUACGUAUUAUUCGACAUCGCACACUGGUGAAGACAUCUUGCACACCAUCGACGCUGUGUUGUUUUUUCUCAUCGCUAUUGUAAUUUUCAUUCUCUACUUCUUAAUGAUUUCUAUGGUGCAGAAGAUGGCGAGGACACAGAGAACGCUGUCACGUUCUUUUAUGGUAAAGCACAGGGCUCAGAAUAAAAUACUGAGAAUGCUUAUCCUUACCGUCAGCGUCUACAUUUUGUGUUUAAGCCCUUUUCAAAUUCUAAACAUAUGGUCUAUUCACGGAAAAUUACCUCAUGAAGUUGCCGUCGUGUACAUAAACAUUAGUCGCUGUUUAGUUUACAUAAACUCUUCUGCUAAUCCGUUCAUUUAUAAUGUAUUUAAUGUGAGGUAUAGGGAAGCAUUUGUGGAAUGUUUUUGUAGUUUUCCCGGGAAAAGACUCAGCAGGACGUACACCAGAGGAAAUGAACUCUCGCCACGAAGAACUCAAACUAUGCUUACGAAGAUGAAUAGUAACAAAUCAACAACAUCAAUGGAAAAGCCCUAUAUUCACUGACAUUUCACAAUUACUUGAUGACAAGUAAUUUUUUGCUUUUUAUUAUAAACAUACAGCGAUGAGUUUGUGUAAUUUAAAAGAUCGUGGAAGCCUCAACAAUGUCGCCACUAUCAGCAACAUUUAAGGCCAACUCAGACAGCGUCGUACGACGCAGCCCGACGCGAUUUGUUGUCGCGUCGGGUCUGUGUGAGUUAAACGCAGACGCGAUGGUGUGCGUCGGGGGCAGUCGCGUCGUAGAAUAUUAAACAUGUUUAAUAUUUCUCACGACGGCUUAAGACUGUCCCCGACGAUAAAUCGGGUCGGCUGCGUCGGCCGACGCUGUCUGAAUUGGCCUUAAUACAUAAUGACUGUCAUCAUUGGUUACCUACGAUAUAACAAUAUCAUAAAAUAAAUAUCUUUUUUCAAUGAAGUGCUACAGAAUCCGUCGACGACAAAGCUUCAGAGUCUUCUGAAGCUGCAUAAAAAGGAAUACUCCGUGAGCUCUCCAUGGUCUCAUUAUGAAACCACAUAGUUGAUGGCAAAGUUCUUGGCGGAAUUCAUUCUGAAUGGAGCUGUAACAAGUGGCACGUCAUCUUCUGCAGCGUUAGUGAGCUUAAAAUGCUUGCGGUUGGAACAAGGAACUAUGAAGGAAGAAGUGAAGGAACUACUGUAUAGACUAUUUGCUGCGGAAAUCACACCAGGAACAUUCUUUUGUUCGGAGUGCCGUUGCAACGUUUCAUUUGCUCUGCAUUAUACUUCUAUGCGUCUUUUAAUCGCCUCUUUAAAAAAAAGUUUCUCUCGAUGUCAGUCUAAACAAAUUGACUUCUAUUAGGCUACUGUUUGGAGUAGAUAUUUACAUGUAAAUAAUCUUAAUGUAUGUAAGUGUAAUCAAAUACGAGAACUUUUUCAUAAAUAUAUAAAUGAUUGUAACAUGAUUAUAUAUAUAGAUAUUGAAAUUAUGUAGUACCGGUAGUUUGUAAAAAUAUAAAUAUAUAUUGAUGAGACCUAUAUCAUGUUUUGUGAUACUUUUUGUAGUAAACUAACUAUACAUUAUAUAUACGGUAGUGUAUGCAUAGAUUACAAUGAAAAAAAAAUAGUAGUCAAAUAGUUUAAUAAAUUUUAAGCAUUUCAUUUUUGUAAGUUUAUAUAUAUAUAUAUAUUAUAUAUAUAUAAAUAUACUACUCCUAACUAACUCAUAGGGUGAAAAAUCCUUUGUCUACUUUUCGCCUUAACGUCGUUAAAAUUUCCCCUUAGCGGCAGUAUUUUCGCCUUAAGUUAUUAUUUCUAACCCUCUCCAUUGUUAACGUUUCCCCUAUGGUAGUAUAGUCGUAUAUAUAUAUAUAUAUA